AUGAGCCGCUUACGUCUCGGCAACACCCACCCCUGGAUGACCCAGAAGACCCCGUCCAACGCGACCGAUGAUCCCGAGAUCGCCCGCAAGCGAGAGAAGACUCUCUUCAAGAAGACCCACGAACUCCACACGGAGAACGAGACCAAGGUGUUUAUGCUGUUCUACCACUACGGUGAGGACAGAUACUAUAUUUACAACACGCAGCCCAGUGAGAACUGGCCGCCUACGUUGCAGGACAUCAAAACCAUGUACCCCCUCCCCGACAUACUGACCCCCGAGAUUAUGGCCUCUCAUCUGGAGAAGAUGUCCAAGCGAAACAUCGGCGGCGACGACCACGACCACGACGUGGACGACAACGUGGAUGACAGCAUGGCCUUUGGCACCCCAGUCGACAACCAAGGCCCUUUUCUAACCACUCAGGGGAUGCCUCCAGUACCCUAG